AUGACAGUGACAUCGCCGCCGGCCUCCCCUUCGACGCCUUCGCGAAAACGCAGGUCGCUGAGACUCUCCAGUGUCGACUCUCUUCAGGAAACGAUCUCGACGAGCCCAUACACGAGCGGCACGACAAAUGGUACGGCCUAUUCCCGGCGGUCGUCGCGCACCUCGCAGACAUCUUACCAGCCACGGUCUCCCAUGACACCGCGACCCAUAUCGGCCAAGUCAUCGAGACCACCCUCUUUUUCCAUACAGCGCAGAGAGAGCCGGACGAGCAUACGCAGUACGCGUAGUAUAGAACAGCAGGAGGAGAACGGCCUUGGGAACCUGGCCGACGAGCUGGGACAAGCCUGGGAUGACGAGGAGGAAGGCGGGUCGAAUUUCUUGGAGGGAUUAAGAGAAGGUGACGUGGAGCAAGACCACUCGUUGCAUGGUCUUCAGAGUCCGUAUGCUAUUAACGACAUGCACGACUUCGGUUUCGGCAUGGUGGUGCAAAGCCCGCAUCCGGCGCAGUACGAUGGAGCGUCCCCAGCGUUACAAGUGCCAUCAUCGCAGGCGAUCGACCUGCGGCCACCCACGCACCCGAAGCGAGGACAUCAAAGACACGAGUCGGCCUACGAUGGCUCGGAUUACGGGCCCGAGUCAGACGCAGACGGAGCAGAAGAAGAAGAAGAAGCGACCUUGCCGCCCAUCCUGCGGAAACGGAUCCACGACAUCCAGAAACUGACCCGCAUGUGCGCGAACCCCGAGGACGCAGUCAGUGAAGGCGGCGGAACCGUCAAACGAACCAUCCAAGGCUUGAAGGAUCUCGGUCCGCAAGGGAACGUCGAGUACGGAGUCACGCGAUUGAUCACGGCAUAUACAUCCAUGGCGUCGCAUCGAACUAACAAGACGCGGGACCUGUUUACGCAAAGCCACUCGCUCAUCUACGGUGGAAUGGCGCAUCUUCCAGAAGAGAUGGUGGAUGUACUUUUGGAAGAAAUCACCACCCUCAUGUCGACGUUGCCAUUCUUGCGGCCACAAAAUCCGUUAAUCUCGUUGCAGAUCCUUGCGUCGCAGACGGACGAGUUGAGUCAAACACUUCGCUCGCUCACGGAUCUGCUGCAGGAAUCUCGUCUGGCUGCAAGCGCCGCCACGCGCAAGCUCAAGUCUGUCCGCGAUAUGGUCGAGGACAUGAACGUCGAGGACGAGCUGGUGGAGAAUAGCAUCAUGCUUAUUCAAGCGGGCGACUGGGAUCGGCGGUGUCGGACCCGUCAGGCUGCAAAGACAUGCCAGGAGGUCUGUGAGGGUUUCGCUGACCGAUGGGGUCUGACGAUGGAUGUGGACCUGACGGCAAAGAGGAGACCGUUACAAGAGGUGUCUGUGUCAUCGUGA